AUGGGACGAAAUCGAAAUAGAAGAGCCAGCCACAGUGUUCAAAGUACCAAUGUACCAAUGUCCCAGCGCAGUGACUAUGUUGAUCUAUGUCGCAACAUUAUACGCGACAUGGAUCUGUAUGGAGUAUGCGUGUUAGAUAAUUUCCUAGGUUAUCAACGUGGUAUGACUGUACUAGAUGAAGUUUUGAAUCUGUAUAACAUGGGAGUGUUCAAGGAUGGUCAAUUGGUUCGAAAUAAAGCGAGUAAUAAUCUCAAAACUAUACGAGGUGAUCAGAUCAUUUGGGUUGAUGGUCGUGAGGAUUGUUGCAAACAAAUUGGACAGCUUAUAAGUGAUGUUGAUGCCGUAGUCAUGGGAUCAAACAAAAUGAAUGACAAUGGUAAACUUGGAAACUAUACAAUUAAUGGCAGGACCAAAGCUAUGGUCGCUUGUUAUCCAGGACAUGGAUCUCAUUAUGUCAAGCAUGUAGAUAAUCCAAACAAAGAUGGUCGAUGUAUUACUGCUAUAUAUUAUUUAAAUAAAGACUGGGAUAUUAAAGAAAAUGGUGGCUUGCUAAGAAUAUUUCCGGAAGGUUGGAGUGAUCAAGUAGCUGAUAUAGAACCAUUAUUUGAUCGUAUAUUAUUCUUUUGGUCUGACCGAAGAAAUCCUCAUGAAGUUCAACCAGCUUUUAAAACUAGGUAUGCAAUUACUCUUUGGUAUUUCGAUGGCAAUGAAAAAGAAGAAGCUGGAAGAAGAUUUCAACAUGCAAGCGACUUAAAUAGCAUGCAAGUUCCAUAG